AGACGAUGAAUUUUUUUUGUUUGAGUGAUUCAUUGUUGUGUGGUACAUGCUCAGUGUUACAGUUUUUAUGUAAUUAUAAAGGAAACUUUAUCAAAUGUGGUAUAAAGUGGAAUCAUGUAUGAUAGUGUUAAAAUACAAAAACAUCCAGUUCUCAUAAGGUGGAAUGAAGCAUAAUAAAUGGUUAGUUAUUAUUGAAAAUUGGUGAUAAUUUUUCUUUAUCGAACGGGAGUGCGUACUACAAAAUGCCUUUCGAUUUUUUGUGUUGUGUGAGACCUGGAGUGGAGGAUGUGGUCGAACUGGAUUAUUCACAUCAAUCGUUGACUGACGUUCCUACGGAAGUGUUUGUAUACGAAAGGACACUCGAAAUUCUAAAUUGUCAGAGCAAUCGUAUCACUGAACUUCCGCGACAGCUUUUUAUGUGCCAUGGUCUAAAGUACCUAGACCUCAGUGACAAUGAGUUACAAGCCAUUCCAACAGCCAUAUCAUCUUUAGUAAAUCUACAUCAUUUCAAUGUCAGCAGAAACACACUAGCUUCUAUUCCAGAAACAAUGAAAGCUUUGAAGUAUUUAGUCUUUCUGGAUCUUAGUGUUAAUCCACUGGAAAAGCUCCCAGAUGCCAUUACAAAUUUAAUUGCAUUACAAGAGCUAUAUUUGAAUGAUACUUAUCUUGAAUAUCUUCCGGGAAAUUUUGGAAGAUUAGCCAAUUUGCGUAUUUUAGAAUUACGUGACAAUUAUCUUAUGAUAUUGCCAAAAUCUCUCUCUCGAUCCACUGAACUAUUAAGAUUGGAUAUUGGACAAAAUGAAUUUCAACAGUUUCCUGAAGUUAUUGGAAGAUUUAUGAAAUUGAGAGAGUUGUGGUUAGACAGUAAUAGUUUAUCAAGUAUCCCAACUGCGAUCAAGUCUUUAGAGUGUUUGGUGCAUCUUGAAGCUAGUAACAACAUGAUAGAAGAAAUAGCUCCUGAAAUUGGAUACUGCACAAAAUUGAUGGAUCUAAGUUUGUCUAUAAAUAGUUUGACACAAUUACCAGAUACUAUAGGACAACUUUACAAUCUGACAACUUUAAAAUUAGAUAACAAUAGGUUGUAUUCUAUACCAGAUACAAUUGGACAAUUAGCAAAUUUGGAGGAAUUGAUGCUUAUGUCCAAUUAUUUAGAAAAAAUUCCAUCAUCUAUUGGUUUGCUUAGGAAAUUACAAUACCUUAACAUUGAUGAAAAUAUGUUACGAGCAAUACCACCUGAAAUUGGGAGUUGUACAAAAUUAUCUGUCUUAUCUUUACGUUCAAAUAAACUUACUAAAAUUCCUCCAGAAAUAGGACAUUUAGCUUCAUUAAGAGUUUUAAAUUUGGUCAGAAAUUCAUUAAAUUGUCUUCCUCAAUCUUUGUUGAAUUGUGAUAAUUUGGUGGCCCUUUGGCUAUCUGAGAAUCAAAGUAAACCUUUAGUGCCUAUGCAUUCUGAAGUGGAUCCUCAUACUUAUGAACAAGUCCUUACUUGUUUCCUCUUCCCCCAAGUGCCUUUAACUCCUAUGGAAAUUAAAACAGACAAUGAGAAACCUGAAAAUACAGAAAAUCAGUCAUCUUCACGACAUAUAAGUUUUGUGGAUAUGAAAGUCACUCCAAAAGUACCUGAAAAGCCAGGUCAAUUAAGAAGAGCUCCAACUCCGUACCCUAAAGAGUUGAGAGCUCUGGCUAAACAUGCUAGAAACAUCCAAAAGGAUAGUACUCAAGAUAUAUCUCCUAUGCAAAAUGCAGUGCAUAUAAAAGCAGCAAAAAUCACUCCUACCUUACAACAAAGAUUUGCAUCUGAUAAUAAAGUAUUAAUUGAAAAACAUGGAGCAAAUGGAAUGGAUGAGAUCAGUAAAGAUCAAUCAAAAAAUUCUGUUUAUGAUAAUCUUCCAAAUGAAAACACUUAUGAUAGGCCCUUGGAUCUAAAUUAUGAACCAGAUAAAACAUAUAAAAGUGUUGAUCAUGCUUUGUAUUCUGAAAGUAAUGGAACUAAUACUAAAAAUGAUUACAAAAGUGAAAUUAAUGAUCAUUACAUUCUAAAUCAAAGAUAUAACACAAAAGCAAAUGAUAAAUAUAUGUCACGACAAGAUGUUGAAAGAUCAAGUACUAAUAUAUCACAAACUGGAUAUAGUGGUCAUAUGGAUCUCAAAACGUAUACAGUUUCAAAUGAUGGAAAUUAUCACAUGAAUAUGGAUGAUGCUUGUAACAGGUUGCAAAGAUUUAGCCUUAGCCCACAUGAUCACCAUUCUAACAAUGAAACUAUCCUUACACCACACUUUGAUGAGAGCAAUUAUAAUCAAAGAACUGCAGUAGACAAUACAGCUACUUUUGAACCAAUGUAUUCUAGAAAGGAACAGAUUUGCGCACCUUUGCCAGACAGCAACUAUUCAGAUAAUAUCUAUAAAACUGGAAAUUAUUCUUAUUCUAAAGAAAAAAAUUAUGGACAAAGGCACUUUGACUCUUAUAAUUACCCACCACACAGUAGUUGUGAUUUAACAAAUCCUCACAGACAUACUACCAGCCAGGUUGUAAGCUCAACUACUAUGCCUAAUUUGAGUAACUACAAUAAUAUGUAUUCUUCAAGUGGUGUUGAUACUCACCAAUAUUCUGCUUCUGGGCAUCAUGCAUCUCCAAAUGCAAAUAUGUAUAGUACAUCAGCAUCUAGCCCUACAUAUAUAUCAUCACAAUCUCCAGAGUUGUACUCGCCAACUGGACAUACAAAUAUAACUAAUCCUUAUCGCAUGACAGAUACACCUCUUAUAUCAGAUGAUGGUAGUUAUAGUCACAUAAAUUCUCCAACGAGUCAAAAUAUGUUUGAAUUAUUUGAUGGUAUACCACCUGCUCCGAAUCCACCGAGUGUUGUUGCCCAUCGCCACAGUCCCAGUGUUUUGUCUGAACCAGUGUACAGUAGGGGACCGCCGCCACCUUACCAUAUUGCUGCACCCUAUACCAAACAUGCCCAGUACUUUAAUGGAACAGGAGGAUAGUGACAAGUGAAAUUUAUAAAAAAUCCACAUAUUUUUAAAAAAAGUGGUGGACAUACAUACAAACGUUAUUAACAUGUGUCCAAAAUAUUAUCGCCUAAGUAUUUUAAAAUGUCAUUCAUUAUCUGUUUUAGAUGUGCAAUUUAAAUGUGAUAUAAUAUAAUAAAUAAUAAUGAACGUAAUUUUAAGGUGCUAAGUGAUGGAUCAUGUUGUUGGUUAACCUACCUACGAAAUAAAUAAAUUACCCAAUUAAUUGUUUCUUGAUAGUAUGUGUGAGGUGAGAAAAUGUACUCCAACAUUUAUUGAUGUUUUAUAAUUGAUAUAUUUCUGUGGGUAAGGUACUAUUUCAAUACGUCUUGUGAUAACUAUGUUGUUACAUUAUUGAUAUUGUUAUGAGAACUAUGUU